AUGUAUGGGGAGCUGACAGUCAAGAAGACCAUAGAAAAGGUGAGACAGGCCUUUGACAACUAUGAGUCCAACUGCUUUGAAGUGCUGCUGUACAGAAAGAACAGAACUCCAGUGUGGUUCUACAUGCAGAUUGCACCGAUCCGAAAUGAAAAUGACAAAGUGGUUUUGUUCCUGUGUACAUUUAAGGACAUCACUGUCUUUAAACAGCCUAUUGAAGAUGAAAGCACCAGGGGUUGGACCAAGUUUGCACGUUUGACUCGAGCGUUGACGAACAGCAAAAGCACCAAUCAGCAACUCACGCCCAUGAGCAGAACCGACAUCACUUCACACAAACAGUCCAGACUCGCAGAGGUGCUUCAGCUCGGCUCUGACAUUCUUCCGCAGUAUAAGCAGGAAGCCCCUAAGACCCCACCUCACAUCAUCUUACACUACUGCACCUUUAAGACCACCUGGGACUGGGUCAUCCUCAUCCUGACCUUCUACACCGCCAUCAUGGUUCCUUACAACGUCUCCUUCAAGACCAAACAGAAUAAUGUCACCUGGCUGGUUCUGGACAGCGUUGUGGACGUCAUAUUUCUUGUGGACAUCGUGCUCAACUUCCACACCACGUUUGUCGGGCCUGGAGGGGAGGUGAUCUCGGAUCCGAAGCUGAUCAGGAUGAACUACCUGAAGACCUGGUUCGUAAUAGACCUGCUGUCCUGUCUGCCCUAUGACAUCAUCAACGCUUUCGAAAACGUGGAUGAGGGCAUCAGCAGCUUGUUCAGUUCUCUGAAGGUGGUUCGACUGCUUCGAUUGGGUCGUGUUGCGCGUAAACUGGACCACUAUCUGGCGUACGGUGCAGCUGUGCUCGUGUUACUGGUCUGUGUGUUUGGAUUGGUUGCCCACUGGCUUGCCUGCAUAUGGUACAGCAUUGGAGAUUACGAGGUCAUUGAUGAACAAACCAACACCAUCAAAACUGACAGCUGGCUCUACCAGUUAGCCACCAGCAUUGGAUCCCCGUACCGGUACAAUACCAGUGGGACUGGCCAAUGGGAGGGUGGCCCUGGGAAAGACUCUCUGUAUAUAACGUCGCUAUAUUUCACCAUGACCAGCCUGACCACUAUUGGCUUCGGAAACAUCGCGCCAACUACAGACGGAGAGAAGAUCUUCUCUGUGGCCAUGAUGAUGGUCGGAUGUGAGUGCUUGUCUUUCAUGUCUUAUUUUUCAGACCUGUCUUGGCUAAGUGAUCUGAUCACAGAUGAUCAGGGUAGAUAUUGUAAUUUUCAUUUGGGAAAUCGAAUCAGCCAAAACGUGCGGGAUUUCCUCAAGCUCUACCAGGUGCCCAAAGGCCUCAGUGAGAGAGUGAUGGACUACAUCGUCUCCACGUGGUCCAUGUCCAAAGGCAUCGACACAGAGAAGGUACUCUCCAUCUGCCCCAAGGACAUGCGGGCAGACAUCUGCGUGCACCUGAACAGGAAGGUGUUCAACGAGCAUCCAGCGUUCCGAUUGGCCAGUGAUGGAUGCUUGCGCUCAUUGGCCGUGGAGUUCCAGAUGAUACACUCCGCCCCCGGUGACCUCAUCUUUCAUGCGGGUGAAAUCGUGGACCUGCUCUGCUUCGUUGUGUCAGGGUCACUGGAGGUCAUCCAGGAUGACGAGGUCAUCGCUAUACUGGGUAAAGGGGACGUGUUUGGUGAUGUGUUUUGGAAGGAGACAACUUUGGCCCACUCAUGCGCUAAUGUUCGGGCUUUAACAUACUGUGAUCUUCACAUCAUAAAGAGAGAAACCUUGCUGAAAGUGUUGGACUUCUACACAGCGUUUGCCAACUCCUUCUCUCGAAACCUCAUUCUCACCUGCAACCUACGCAAAAGGCGUUAA